CGAUUAGUUAGAUCUCCGUACAAACCCUAGUUCACUUUCUUUUAGCUACCUUCUUCCAUCAGCUGCUUCUACGAUUAGCUGCUGCAUCUUCUUCAGUCUGCCUUCGGUACAACCCUGUGCAGCCAUGAUCAUCUCAGAGAAGAACCGGAGAGAGAUCUCGAAAUAUCUGUUUCAAGAGGGUGUGUGCUAUGCGAAGAAGGAUUUCAAUUUGGCGAAACACCCAGAAAUCGAUGUCCCGAAUCUUGAGGUGAUUAAGCUUAUGCAGAGCUUCAAGUCAAAGGAAUACGUCCGUGAGACCUUCGCUUGGAUGCAUUACUAUUGGUACCUCACCAAUGAUGGGAUUGAGUUCCUCCGCUCAUACCUCAAUCUGCCGUCGGAAAUUGUGCCCGCCACGCUGAAGAAGUCAUCUAAGCCCCUUGGCCGCCCCUUGGGUGGGCUAGGUGGCGAUCGCCCUCGUGGACCUCCUAGAGAUGGUGACAGACCACGAUUUGGUGAUCGAGAUGGCUACCGUGGUGGACCAAGAGGCCCAACAGGUGAAUUUGGUGGUGAGAAAGGUGGAGCUCCGGCUGAUUAUCAGCCAAAUUUCAGGGGCAGUGGUGCACGUCCUGGUUUUGGCAGAGGAUCUGGUGGUUUCGGUGGAGCACCUUCAAGUUAACAUUGUGGUUUCCCAGUUUCUUCAUAGUUUUUAGGAAUGAGAUUGUAUGGAACCUAAGUUGUAUGCCCCGUUUUAAUGCUGUGUCGCCCUACAAUUUUGUUUACGUUGAACCAAAAGUUAUGCCGGGCUAUAAAAUAUUCUCCUUUACUAA